AUGUCCUCACACACAGCAUCGCAGCGGUACCUGAGUACCCGAGGAGGAUCCUAUGACUUCUCCUUCGAGGAAGUCGUCCUCAAGGGUCUCGCUUCCGACGGCGGCCUCUUCAUUCCCGAAGAAAUCCCCACGCUGCCCGACGACUGGGCGUCCAAGUGGAAGAACCUCUCCUUCGCAGACCUCGCUUUUGAGAUCUUCUCUCUCUACAUCUCCUCGUCCGAGAUCCCGGCUGCAGACCUGAAGGACAUCAUCCACCGCAGCUACUCCACAUUCCGCGCACAAGACGUCGUACCCACCGUCACGCUCGACAAGGAGAAGAACAUACAUCUGCUGGAAUUGUUUCACGGCCCUACAUUUGCCUUCAAGGAUGUCGCGCUUCAAUUCCUCGGCAACCUCUUCGAGUACUUCCUCGUGCGCAAGAACCAGGGCAAAACUGGACGCGACCGGGAGCAUCUGACCGUCAUUGGCGCGACAAGUGGUGAUACCGGCUCAGCAGCCAUCUACGGUCUGCGCGGAAAGAAGGAUGUGUCCGUCUUCAUCAUGCACCCGCAUGGCAAGGUCAGCCCGAUCCAGGAAGCGCAGAUGACGACCGUCAUGGACGCCAACGUGCACAACUUGGCUGUAGACGGCACAUUCGACGACUGCCAGGACUUCGUCAAAGCGCUCUUCGCAGACCCCGAGAUCAACAAGACGCACCAACUCGCCGCCGUCAACUCGAUCAACUGGGCCCGUAUCCUCGCGCAGAUCACCUACUUCUUCUACUCGUACUUCGACCUCAUCAAGCAGGAGUCCUUCCUGCCCGCCUCCACCGUCCGCUUCGUCGUGCCCACCGGCAACUUUGGCGACAUCCUUGCCGGCUUCUUCGCGAAGCGCAUGGGCCUGCCAGCCGAGAAGCUGGUCAUUGCCACAAACGCGAACGACAUUCUACACCGCUUCUGGGAAACUGGCAAGUACGAGAAGAACCCCGUACAUGGCAAGCAGGCUGAGGGCGGAAUCCCUGAGGAUGGCGCCAAGGCGCACGAGAGUGGAGUCAAGGAGACGCUGAGCCCAGCCAUGGACAUCCUCGUCUCGUCCAACUUUGAGCGUUUGCUCUGGUUCCUGUCAUACGACGUGUAUAGCUCAAACUCAGACGCGGUAUCACAACGAAGGAGUCAAGCCGGUGAUCACGUACGGAAUUGGCUUAACGACUUGAAGACGAACGGUGGUUUCGCCGUCGACAAGCAGAUCCUCGAAGCAGCACAGUCCGACUUUGCCUCGUAUCGCGUCAGCGACCAGGAGACCCUCGAGAUGAUCAAAUACGUCUUUAACGCAGAGUCAUCGAAGAGCUACGUCCUCGACCCACACUCUGCCAUCGGUAUUGCAGCAGCGCUCCGCUCAGCUGAGGUAUCCAAGCCUCCCUCUACACACCACAUCGCGCUCGCGACAGCGCACCCGGCGAAGUUCGCGAAUGCGGUCGAACUCGCGCUGCCAGAGCAGAAGGAAUACUUCCAAGAGAAGGUACUGCCAGUUGAGUUCAAGGGUCUCGAGGACAAGCCGCGAAGAGUCAGCCAUGUCAAGAGGUCAGAAGGCUGGCAAGGCGUACGCAAGGUCGUCAUUGCAGAAGUAGAGGCAGAACGACAAGCUGCGGAAAGCGGUGCGCAGUAG